GUCAAACGACAGUCAAUUCAUAACUGAGUUUCGAGACGGUCUGUUUUGUUAGUUCUGUUAGAAAAACGUUGGUGUUAAGGAAAAAUAAGACGUGUUUAUGUGCCGUUGCGAGUCAAGCGUUCAUUCAUGACUUAAAUAUUUUAUUCAUUAAAAAUGGAAAUUAAGUGCAUGGACUCCUCAAAAAAACCUGCAUGUUUCCUGGGAGUGAGACAUCUUCAGGUUUUUAUGCUUUUCUCGGGAUUAGUAAUAGCUUAUUCGCUCAGAGUGAACAUGAGUAUGGCUAUUGUGGCCAUGACCGAUAAGACACAACCUAAUGCUUUUGACUGGAGUAUGCAAAUACAGAGUGUAAUACUAUCAUCAUUCCUCUGGGGUUAUAUUUUUCUGCAAAUCCCUGCCGGUGAGCUGGCUGCUAGGUUUGGAGGAAUGAUUUUAAUUACCAUAUCCAUUGGCAUUAACGCUACACUCUCACUUCUCACGCCCUUAGCAGCUUUGUAUGGUGGAUGGCAGCUUUUAUGUGCUUGUCGAGUGCUACAAGGACUCUCUCAAGGAUUUAUUUUUCCUUCCAUUCACACUCUCAUUGGCAAUUGGGUUCCAUUAGAGGAAAGAAGCCGACUCGCUACUAUUAUAUUUGGAGGCUGUCAGUUGGGAACAGCGUUUCAACUAAUAGUUUCUGGGUUUGUUGCUGAUUAUUGGGGAUGGCCUGCUAUUUUCUAUGUUAAUGGUGGACUUGGAGCGAUUUGGGUCGCUUUUUAUAUUUUUCUUGGAGCUGAUUCUCCUAGAAAUUCAAAAAUAAUUGGGGUCAAAGAACGUCUAUAUAUUCAAAGCUCAUUGGGUCACGUUGGCAGUCCGCAAAAGAAAAUGCCGACUCCCUGGAAAGCGAUCUUUACAUCUCUGCCUUUUAUUUCGCUUAUCUUAACACAUUGUGGCCAAAAUUGGGGCUUCUGGACCCUAAUGACUGAGAUACCCUCUUACAUGAAACAAGUUUUGGGCGUAGACAUUAAAGCGAAUGGACUAAUGUCUGCCUUGCCAUAUAUUUCGAUGUACUUAUUGGGCUUCCCGAUGGGUUUUCUCUCGGAUUAUAUCAUAAAGAAAAAAUGGCUCAGUAUAACAGCCAGCAGAAAAAUGUUUAACUCUAUAGGUCUAUACGGUCCUGCCCUGGCUUUGAUCGGUCUCUCUUACGUCCCGGCUGGCGACGUGACUUUGGCGGUCUUAACAUUGACCCUAGUCGUGGCGCUUAAUGCCGGUCACUAUACAGGGUUCCUGUUGGUCCACAUUGAUAUGGCUCCGAGCUUUGCUGGUACAUUGAUGGGUAUCACUAACUGUAUUUCAAACGCACUAUCUAUCGUGGCUCCUCUUGUGGCUGGAGCUAUAAUCAGCGAUGAGAAUAAUCCGAGCGAAUGGCGAAAAGUAUUCUAUCUAUCAUCAGCGAUUUACAUCAUUGGAAGCACGUUUUUUAAUAUAUUCGGAUCGUGUGAGCAACAAUCAUGGAAUACCGGUGAAGAAACAGAACAUGAGGAAAAAACUAGAAUAUGAAAGCAA